AAAGUAUAAGAAAGUGAGAGCAAGAGGUGGAAGAAAGAAAAGAGAGAAUGGAGACUUUCCCAGUUAUUAACAUGGAGAAGCUUAAAGGUGAAGAGAGAGGAGCAACCAUGAAAUUGAUAGAAGAUGCUUGUGAGAACUGGGGCUUCUUUGAGUUGGUGAAUCAUGGGAUUUCUCAUGAUUUGAUGGACACUCUGGAGAAGCUGACAAAGGAUCAUUACAGCAAGUGUAUGGAGGAAAGGUUCAAGGAAAUGGUGGCAAGUAAGGGUCUAGAGGCUGCUCAAUCUGAAGUCAAUGACAUGGACUGGGAAAGCACCUUCUUCUUGCGCCACCUUCCGGCCUCGAACAUGUCCGAAAUCCCUGAUCUUGAUGAAGAUUAUAGGAAGGCAAUGAAGGAAUUUGUAGUGGAUUUAGAGAAACUGGCUGAGCAACUCUUGGACCUGCUGUGUGAGAAUCUUGGGCUGGAGAAAGGAUACCUGAAGAAGUCCUUUUAUGGGUCCAAAGGGCCAACUUUUGGCACCAAAGUCAGCAACUACCCUCCUUGCCCCAAACCAGAGCUCAUCAAGGGCCUCCGCGCCCACACCGAUGCCGGCGGCCUCAUCCUUCUCUUCCAAGAUGACAAGGUCAGCGGGCUCCAGCUUCUCAAGGAUGGCAAAUGGAUUGAUGUUCCCCCAAUGCGUCACUCCAUUGUCAUCAACCUUGGUGACCAACUUGAGGUCAUUACCAAUGGCAAAUACAAGAGUGUGCUGCAUCGUGUGAAUGUUCAACCAGACGGUAAUAGAAUGUCCCUAGCAUCAUUCUACAACCCCGGCAGUGACGCCGUUAUCUAUCCGGCACCGGCAUUGGUGGAGAAAGAAGUUGAGAAAGGCCUAGUGUACCCGAAGUUUGUGUUCGAAGACUAUAUGAAGCUCUAUGCCGGCCUGAAGUUCCAGGCUAAGGAGCCAAGGUUCGAAGCCAUGAAGGGCAUGGAGUCCACCGUCAAGCUGGGUCCUAUUGCCACUGCCUGAACCCACCUCUCAUGCAUGACAGAUAGCAAAUGGGUUUUAUGGGAGUGUUUAUGUGAAUAAUAGUGUCCUAGCUAUUGAGCCUGGCUGUUUCUUUGUUGAGUACUGAGUUUUAAGUUCGUGGUUUAGGUGUGCUUUAAUUUGCUAUAUGCUUCUUCAAUAGUUCCUGUGAUGUUAUGUAUGUGCUGCUGCUGUUUAUCAGAUUUACUGUUUAGAAUGACUUAUCCCUUUUGAUAAGAAA